UUUAGCCAGACGGCAGACAUCGCAUCGCACGUUCAGUCAGAAUAGGAAACUAGAGUAGUCGCGCCUUCUCUUGUAUGUAGGAUAUUCUUGCCGCGCUCCUCCUCUCAUCAAGUAACUUGUACUAGUACCUAACUCUUUGGGUGUACCUACUGUGGGACCAUGUCAUAAAACAUCUCGAUAUCACUAGAACAAUGGCAGCAGAAGCCGCUGAAAAGACCACCUUCAUCGACAAUGACAACCCCUCAUCUGCCGCUCCGGACACAGCAGCAGCUACUAAGCAAAGUCAACAAUCAUGGAUUACUCAACGCUUCCCCUUUCUCCGGACCAAGCGGGGCAUUGCGAUUACCGUCGCCGUGAUCCUCGUCAUCAUCGGUGGCGGCUUGGCCGGUCUGGCUGCACUGCCGAAGCACAGGGGAGGGGGCGCUGCAGCUGGGGAGGAGGAUGGUGCCGGUGACAGACCGGGGGCUACCAUUGACGAUACAUACUUUUACGGGCAAUCGCCGCCCGUGUAUCCCUCGCCGAACAUGACCGGCUCCGGCUCUUGGACCGAGGCGUUUCUCAAGGCAAAGGAGCUGGUCGGGCAGAUGACGUUGGCUGAGAAGGUCAAUUUGACCGGUGGUGUCAGCUCCAACACCAGUUGCAACGGCUUUCUCCCGGCUGUGCCCCGCCUCGGUUUUCCCGGUAUGUGUCUGAGCGACGCGGGUAACGGGCUCCGCGGCACCGACUUUGUCAGUUCCUGGCCGAGCGGCAUCCAUGUCGGCGCCAGCUGGAACAAGGCGCUUGCUCGCCGGCGAGGGACCGGCAUGGGAGGGGAGUUUAGGACGAAGGGGGUAAAUGUACUGCUUGGGCCGGUUGUGGGGCCGGCGGGCCGUGUGGUGCUGAGCGGGAGGAACUGGGAAGGUUUCUCGAGCGACCCCUAUUUAUCAGGGGUUCUAGUCUCUGAGACAGUCUCGGCUGUGCAGGCUGUUGGAGUGAUCACUAGCACAAAGCAUUAUGUUGCCAAUGAACAAGAGACGAAUCGAAUGCCCUCGGGCGAUACCGAAUCGGUGUCGUCAAAUAUCGACGACAGGACAAUGCACGAGCUCUACUUGUGGGCGUUUCAAGAUGCAGUCCGCGCCGGCAGCGGCAACAUCAUGUGUUCGUAUAACCGGCUCAACAACUCGUAUGGCUGUGCCAACAGCAAGGCGCUCAAUGGCCUCCUCAAGACCGAGCUGGGGUUCCAGGGCUGGGUUGUCAGCGACUGGGGCGCGCAGCACGCGGGAGUUGCCACAGCGCUGGCAGGCAUGGACGUGGUCAUGCCUACCGGCAAUGCUCUCUGGGGAUCGCACCUUGCUGAUGCGGUCAACAACGGCUCCGUUCCCGAGAGCCGUUUGGAUGACAUGGUAACAAGGACCAUUGCCUCAUGGUAUCAGAUGCGCCAAGAUCAGGAUUUCCCUAGACCGGGUGUGGGCAUGGCUAUGGACCUCACAGGACCUCAUGAGGUGAUUGAUGCGAGGAACUCUUCUUCUCGAUCGACCCUGUUUGAUGGCGCGGUUGAAGGCCAUGUUCUUGUCAAGAACAUACGGAACGCAUUGCCUCUUCAAAGCCCCAAAAUGCUCUCCAUAUUCGGCUACUCGGCGAAAAACCCAGACAAGACCAACCCGAGCGGCGGCCUCUCGCCAUGGCUGUUUGGUGCCGACUCGUUCAACUGGACAGAAUUCGGCGCCGGGUUCUUAGGUUGGUCCGGGGAUGUCGGAAAGACGGCCAUCGCCUUCAACGGGACAAUCUACUCAGGGGGCGGUUCCGGGGCCACCCCAAAAUCAACAGUCAUUUCCCCCUUCGAUGUCCUUACCCAACAAGCCUACGACGACGGCACCGCUCUCUUCUGGGAUUUCGAGAGCGGCACCCCAGCCGUCAACCCCAUGUCCUCCGCCUGUCUCGUGUUUGGCAACGCCUACGCGACCGAAGGGGCGGACCGGCCCAGCCUCAGGGACGACUACACCGACGGUCUGAUCAAGCACGUCGCCGACCGCUGCAACAACACGGUCGUCAUCUUCCACAACGCCGGCAUCCGCCUAGUCGACCAGUUCAUCGACCACCCCAACGUAACAGCCGUCAUGCUUGCCCACCUUCCCGGCGAAGCCUCCGGCCGCGCCCUCGUCUCGCUCCUGUACGGCCGCUCCAACCCGUCAGGCAAGCUCCCCUACACAGUCGCCCGCAACGAGUCGGACUAUGCCGUGCUCGGGCCGGACUUGCCGCCCGAGCCCGAGGGGGGUGACAUGUUCGGCUCGUUCCCGCAGAGCAAUUUCACCGAGGGCGUGUUCGUCGACUACAGGCACUUUGACGCGAACAACAUCACCCCCAGGUACCCGUUCGGGUUCGGGCUGAGCUAUACCACCUUCAACUACAGCAACCUAUCGGUGCAGAAGGCGGAAGACCAGAGCUUGAACUUUGACGAGUACCCCACGGGCGCGGUGGUCCAAGGCGGGCAGGCGGAUCUGUGGGACGUGCUGGUCAACGUCUCGGCCGACGUGACCAACACGGGGCCGGUGGACGGGGCCGAGGUUGCGCAGCUGUAUGUGGGCAUUCCGGCCGAGGGCGCGCCGGUGCGGCAGCUGAGAGGGUUUGAGAAACCGUUUUUGAAUUCGUCGAGCACCCAGACAGUGAGGUUCGGCUUGACGAGGAGGGACUUGAGUGUGUGGGAUGUGGUGGUGCAGAGGUGGAGGUUGGUUAGGGGGGAGUAUACGAUUGAGGUUGGCGGGAGUAGCAGGGAUUUGCCCCUUGUUGGGAGGGUUACCAUUUGAUCCUAAGGGGUCCUAUGGUUGGAUCAAGGUGUUGGGGUUGGUUUGACUUCUACUGAAGAUGCUUGGAUGGUGUUUAACGGAGCGGGAUAUAAUGGCAUGAGACGUGGAGGAGUUAAGGGAGCGGUGGCAACGCUGAAUGAGCAAACAUUCGCCUUGCGGGAGGAUGAAUGGAUUUUUGACAUUACAGCAUCUGGACUUUGUAAUAGCUUUUUGGAGAUACCUAUAUGCAUAUCAACUCAAUUGC